UGUACAGAGCGGAGGGAGGCAGCAGCAGGCUAACAUGCUAACGUGCUAACUAGUCGGUUACCGGACAGCUGAAUCACCGUGUUACAUAUUUCAAAUCACCGUGGACGUUAAAAGGCCCGGUGUCACCGUCUGCCGCCGUUAGCCAGCUAGCAUGGCGGCAGCGGCGUCCAGCUAACGAGGCUAGUUUAGCGGUUAGCACGCUAACCAGUCACCGAAGCUAACGUGCUAACAUAAACAGUGUCCGAUAAUACACGCCUGUACCGGUUAGCACCGAGCUAACAGCCGGGAUGGAUGUGAGCUAACAGACCGUGGCGGUCUGACCCGGAUCUGAGCUGCUUCUCUGGACGGAACCGAGCCGAGGGGUUCAUCCCAGCGACAGCCUGGUCCUCCCGGGCCGGGGAACGGUCAGACCCGGACUCUAGAGGAAAUGCAGCGGACCGGAGGACGGAUCCACAUCCCGAGUCCCGUUAGCCGUUUAUGAACAGGAUGGACGUGUGCAGUAGGAACCCGAACCGCACGGCGCCGGUCGGCGAGGACGGCCCGCACCAAGCCCACGCGCCGCUCUGCUCUCGGACUAACGGCUGGAGCUGGCCCCCCCAUCCCUUCCAGCUGCUGGCCUGGUUGCUCUACAUCUACUUUGCCGUCACCGGCUUCGGCGUGUUCGUUCCCCUUCUGCCCGCCCACUGGAUCCCUGCAGGCUAUAUCUGUACGGGCGUCCUGUUCGUCUGUCACCUGUGUGUCCACGUGAUGGCCGUCUCCGUCGACCCCGCCGACUACAACGUCCGAACGAAGAGCGACAGAAGUCCAGUCCCCGCGUUCGACCGCACCAAGCACGCCCACGUCAUCGAGAACUGCCACUGCUACCUCUGCCAGGUCGACGUCGGUCCGAAGUCCAAACACUGCAGUGCCUGUAACAAGUGUGUUGCCAACUUUGACCAUCACUGUCGGUGGCUCAACAACUGUGUGGGGAGCAGGAAUUACAAGUUGUUCCUCCACAGCGUGAUCUCGGCUCUGUUGGGGGUCUGUCUGGUUCUGGUCGUUGCCUCCUACGUCUUCAUUGAGUUCUUUCUGGACCCGUCCAAACUCCGCACUGACAAACACUUCCUGGUGAGGAACGAGACAGGUGUGUGGUUCGUCUUCCUGCCGGUGGCUCCCCUCAGGUCAGCAGCAGCAGUGAUUCCGGUUCUGGCAGCUGUCACCAUCGCUCUGGGUCUGCUGUCGUCUGUGCUGCUCUGUCACCUGCUCUGCUUCCACGUCUACCUGAUGUGGAACAGACUUAGUACCUAUGAAUAUAUAGUGCGCCAGCGUCACCGUCAGGACCGCAGAGAGUCAAGGAAACCAGGAUCAGUGAAGGAGACAGUGGCUCCAUCGGUCAACCUUGUCAAGGACGUGAACUACUCAGGGACUCUGGGUUACACCAACCCUCAGCUGGACAUGCAGGAACCUACCACUGUGGCUGUGCGGGGAGAGGCAGAGUUCCAGGCUAACGGCCGAGCGAGGACUGUGUCCACUCCUGUCAUGGAGGAAGAAUCUCCACCCACGGUGUCUACAGAGCCAAAAGCAGCAGCAGCAGCACACACACACCGACGCACACAGACAGACUCGUGCCCACUCUGUCUCCUGCACGCUCCAUAUUCCACAGCUGUGUCCCACCCUGCAGAAUAA